GCACGGCCCCAUCAAGGUCAACAUGCACAAAGCAUGCAAUCAUUCGCAGCCAUGCGUCAGUCCUCAUCGGCCAUGUAACAUCCGUACUACCAUGCACGCAGUGCUUCACCGCAGAUGCCCUUCGGUGGAGGGUGUGUUGGGCAGUCCCCGGAGAGCAUACAGACGUCGGGUGUUCCACGUGGUGGUCCACAUGCGCGGGACAAGCGGGCGGACGACGUUUUCGCCGUUCGUGAUCAUCCUUUAUCCGUCCAGCAGCAGUACGAUUUGUAUGGAUCGCAGGGAUGCGUAGAAAGCACGAGCAUGGCUGUCGGCUUCGGCAUGCCAUCAGCGCCCACACAGAGCAUGGCCGAGGAUGGCAGGCAUUGGUCUCCCCAAUGCUCCCAGGGCGCUGGGAGGUUGUUCGGCGCGCGUUGUUCUCCAUCUCCACCGGAUGGCGUUGACACGGAUGCCCCUUGGAAUCGGGCGAACGCAAGGCCUGUGUCCCCCGAGAUUCGCGCGGAGUCAGUGUACGAUGAAGGCACGGGGGGCUCGGAAGCGGGCGACGAAGAUGGUCAGCGAGAGCAAGGAACCGCCGUUCCCAUGGUCGCCAGUUCGACGGCCGGGCAGGGUGAUGUUAACGGCCAGGGCGCGGGCGGUGGAGCGGUCGGCGGACGACCUGUGAAUGGCCGCCCGCCAGCUCAGAAGAAGGCAAACGUCCCAUGGACGUUGGAUGAGCGGGUGAGGCUUGCGAUUUUGAUGGGUGAGGAUGAUGCCCUUAUGGCGGAUGCUAACGGCCAGCACCGAUUCAAGCAGAGGAAAGAGUGGUAUGCAUGGGUGAAUGAUAGGAUGGUGGACGCAAGCUUCAAGCAUAGGAGCGGUGAAGACUGCCGCAAGAAGUGGUCGAACAUGCUAGCGACGGCCAAGCUCAUCGUCGAGAAGUGUGAAGCGUCUGGAAAGCCAUCGUAUGGGAUAUCUCAGAAGAAGGCGAGAAAGGAAGAUCCUGGCAGCAGCGUGUCGAGUUUGGGCAAGGCCAUGGAGGAUUCCACUCGAUCUUACUGCAAUGGCCUGGACAAAGCGGCUUCCACCCUUGCCAAAGCUACAGCAGACGCGGGGUGUGCAAUCGCUGCUCGGAUAGGGGACGUGGCCGAAGCAAUGCAGGAUGGCAAUAGUGUUCUAGAGUUGCUAGUGGGUGUCCUUGCUCGGAUGGGGGCGAACGAUGCUCGUGUCGUGGCACAUGCCAAUGACGACGACGGCUAUGGUGACGGGGAUUGUCAUCGUUAUGACGAUUAUGACGACCAUAAUGAUGAUGACGAUGACGAUGAUGAUGAUGAUGAUGAUGAUGAUGAUGACGAUGAUGCUGACGAUGAUAGUGAUGUUGAUGACGAUAAUAUGAUGAUGACGAUGACGAUGAUGAUGAUGAUGAUGAUGAUGAUGAUGAUGACGAUGAUGCUGACGAUGACAGUGAUGUUGAUGACGAUAAUGACAGAGGCGGGAAGGCGGGAAGGCGGGAAAGCGAAGCAAGCGGGGUGGGUGGGAGACAUUCCAGGGUUUCAGGCUGAGAGGGCGUCUGGGAAGGAGGAGGCAGAACAGUGCAGGGGUAAGUCAGGAGAAGAUGGACAGGGGGAUACGACAAGGUGGAAGAGAGACAGCGUGGAAAUGGCGCGUGGGUGUCGCGGCAGAGGGGCGGGAUUCCAGUGGUAUUAAACUUCAGGUAGUGUCCUUGAUGCCAAAGAGAAUCCGAAGCCCAGAUUAC